AAACCAUAAAUUAUAUAAUCACAGAUAUAGGAUUGAAUUAACCUCUAAUUUUCUUGAUAAUCUAUAAAAAAAAUAAUUUUGAAAUCAAAUCACAAUAUUGAUAAAGAUAUCACAAAUUAUAAAAAUGAACAUUUCUUCUGCAUUACAUUGUAGACUUUAUUCGUUUUCUUUUAAGGUACCAUUCAGAAUUUCUCCAACUGUUUUAUUAAAAAAUCAUUCUACAAGUUCUUCUGAAGAAAUUAUAAUUCCUCAUAAAAUACCAAGAGAACCUACCGAUAUCUUGAGAGCAUUAGAAAGUACGAUCGGUAGAGAUCCUACUGCAGCACAUUAUAAAUUUCAUGAUGAUCCAUACUUAAUACCUCAAUCUAAUCUUGGUAAGAGAGCCUUUGCAAUGGCCCAGGAAGCCGGAAAAAAGGCUGCUCAUUGGGUAAGGAAAGAAAAUACUGAUUUAUUUCAACAUGCUGAGGCUGAACCUUUCAUUAAAAUGUUUGGUGCGCCAAAAUUAUACACAGAAACUAGUGAGGUCUCCAUAGAUGAUCUCAAAGAAUGUAUAAAAAAUGUAGAAGUAUCCGAUGCUAUUAUGGUAUAUCAAUUGCUGAAGAAGCAGAAUUUAGAAUGUGAACCAGAUUUAUUGCAGAGUUUAUUAGAGUUACUAUGUUUCUUCAAUAGUCAAGAUACAUUAUCCGAAGAAUUUAUUGAAGAACGUUGGUUCAGACAAAGCGGUAAAGGUAAUGAAAGAAAAAGAAAAUCUUGGAAAGAUGGUGCAUUUGCAGAAGAAAUUUUUAUAAGUAUCAAAAAUCCAAAUGCGGAAACAUAUUCUGCAAUCAUUCAGGGUAUGGCAAAGUAUUACCAAAUUGAACGUGCUACACAAUUAUUUGAGGAGGCUAAGCAAAAAGGCUUCAUUCUUAGUACAGAUACCUACAAUGCUAUGUUGGAAGCUGGUAACUUACUUAAAGAAAAUUAUGAAAUGAGGUGGGCCUAUAUUCAACAGUUAUUAAAUGAAAUGCAUGAGAAAAAGAUAAAACCUAAUCUUGGUACAUUGAAUGCUGUUUUAUAUUGUUUGAGUUCAAUGGGAAGUAAGUUCAGUAGAGAUGCAGCACUUAAAACUCUCUCAGAGUUCAAAAAACUAGGCAUUGAACCAUCUCUUGCAUCAUGGACUUUUUUAAUGCAAAUAUUUUGUAAAGAUAAUGCUCCUAUAAGUACGAUAUUAUUCGAUAUUAUGAAAGAAAUAGAGAACAAGGAGCAUAAAAUACGUGACAUGCGAGAUGUUAAUUUUUUUUUUACUGCAAUGAGUAUAUGCAGGUAUCACUUAAAUGAUUUAGGAAUAGCUAAAAGAGUAGAUGCUCUUUUACAUUAUAGAAAUAAUUAUGAUCUUCUUGGUGAUAGUUAUAAAGAGGCAGUGUAUUAUCGCCAUUAUUUCAUCCUUGCAGUUCACACUCUACCUAUGAAGGAAUUUAUGGAGAAUAUUUAUGAUAAGUUGGUACCUCAUAUUUAUACACCAGAAAUGAGUGUCCUGGAAGAAAUCUUGAAACAAAUUGAAAUUUAUGGUGCAAUUGAAUAUAUACCAAAGAUGUGGUCAGAUAUGGUAAUCUUUGAUAGUACCAGGAAAGAAUCAAUGCUGAGUUUGAUACUCUACAUCAUGGUAACAAAUGACACCAAGGAUAAUCCCGACUUGACUGAAAAAUGUUGUAAUGUUGGUGCGGACAUUUAUGAAAAGCUGAUGAACCAAACUGGAUACAAUCAAAUUACCAUAACUGGGGAAAUGGUUGGCAGUGUAAUGUUACUAUUUUUGAGGAAUAAUUGUUUCAAUAAAGCAUGGGACUUAUUUACCGAUAUAGAUAAAAACUUCAAUAAGAUUGUUGGGAUUCCAUCCUCGGAAGCAAUUUUUGCUCUAGUUGAAUCUUGUAUUGCUGAGAAAACUCCUUCUAAGGCACUUACAGUUCUUCAGUACAUUUCAGAUUAUGGUUAUGAAGGAAUAGAUGAAAUUGCCAAAAAUUUACAAACAAAAUUGACUUUAGAUGAGAACCAUUUAGAAAAAUUAUCAAAGAUUGUUGGACAGCAUGCAAUUAUUGAAAAAUAAACGAGUUCAAAAUA